AUGGCGGGCGCCGUGUCGGCGCUCUUCCUGCUGGACAUCAAGGGCCGCGUCCUCGUCUGGCGCGACUAUCGCGGCGAUGUCUCCGCGCUCCAGGCCGAGCGCUUCUUUACCAAGCUCCUCGACAAGGAGGACGACUCGGAAGUGCACUCGCCUGUGGUCUACGACGACGCCGGCGUCACGUACAUGUUCAUCCAGCACAACAAUGUCUUCAUCCUCACAGCCGCUCGCCAGAACUGCAACGCGGCCAGCAUCCUCCUCUUCCUCCACCGUGUCGUAGAUGUGUUUAAGCACUACUUCGAGGAGCUGGAAGAGGAGUCGCUCAGAGAUAACUUUGUCGUUGUGUAUGAGUUGCUUGAUGAGAUGAUGGAUUUUGGGUACCCACAAUACACGGAGGCGAAGAUCUUGAGUGAGUUCAUCAAGACAGAUGCAUACAGGAUGGAGGUCACGCAGCGUCCACCCAUGGCCGUGACAAAUGCUGUGUCAUGGAGGAGUGAGGGGAUCCGGUACAAGAAGAAUGAAGUCUUCUUGGAUGUAGUGGAGAGUGUUAACAUUCUAGUUAACAGCAAUGGGCAGAUUGUGAGAUCAGAUGUGGUUGGGGCACUGAAGAUGCGAACAUAUUUGAGUGGAAUGCCGGAGUGCAAACUCGGCUUGAAUGAUAGGGUUCUUUUGGAGGCUCAAGGCAGAGCAACUAAAGGAAAAGCGAUAGACCUUGAUGAUAUCAAAUUUCAUCAGUGUGUACGUUUGGCUAGAUUCGAGAAUGAUAGAACUAUAUCGUUUGUACCUCCUGAUGGAUCUUUUGAUCUAAUGACAUACAGGCUUAGCACUCAGGUAAAACCUCUUAUCUGGGUCGAAGCACAGAUUGAGAAACAUUCUCGAAGCCGUAUAGAACUCAUGGUGAAGGCAAGGAGUCAGUUCAAGGAAAGAAGCACAGCAACAAAUGUUGAACUUGAAGUGCCUGUUCCUUCAGAUGCCACAAACCCAAAUAUAAGAACUUCAAUGGGUUCUGCUGCAUAUGCUCCUGAGAGAGAUGCAAUGGUCUGGAAAGUAAAAUCAUUCCCUGGUGGCAAGGAAUAUAUGUGCAGAGCAGAAUUUAGUCUUCCUAGCAUAACAGCGGAAGAAGGGGCCCCAGAAAAGAAGGCGCCGAUACGAGUGAAAUUUGAGAUACCAUAUUUCACCGUAUCAGGUAUUCAGGUCCGUUAUCUGAAGAUAAUUGAAAAGAGUGGUUACCAGGCACUCCCCUGGGUUAGAUAUAUCACAAUGGCUGGCGAAUAUGAGCUGAGACUUAUAUGA